AUGAAUUCAAAGAAAUGUAGUUACUUAGCAAUGCUUACAUUUACAGUGAUAAUCCUUUACUUUUAUAUCAACACGUUCAUGGAAACAAACUCGAAAAUGCUAAAAAUCUCAAACUCUUCAGUUCUUGAUGAAGUUUGUGAUUCAAUUAUCAAAGGACAGAUGCUUUCUUUGCAAAAAACUGCCCUGACAACAUCAUUUGGAAAAACUUCUUGCCAAGACUACUUGCUCCAAAGUCACUACAUAACAGCUCCCCUGUCAAAAGAAGAAGCACAGUUUCCUUUGGCUUAUGUAAUGGUGGUACAUAAAGAUUUUGAAACCUUUGAGAGACUCUUCAGGGCUGUUUACAUGCCCCAAAAUGUAUACUGUAUUCACGUGGAUGAGAAGGCGACAGCUGAGUUUAAAGAUGCUGUGGAGUGGUUGGUGAGCUGCUUCUCCAAUGUUUUCCUUGCCUCCAAGAUGGAACCAGUUGUCUAUGCUGGAAUAUCUAGGCUCCAGGCUGACCUGAAUUGUAUGAAAGACCUUGUAGCCUCUAAGGUCCAGUGGAAAUACAUCAUUAAUACUUGUGGCCAAGAUUUCCCUCUGAAAACCAAUAAAGAAAUAAUUCAGCAUUUGAAAGGAUUUAAACAAAGAAACAUUACCCCAGGGGUGCUGCCUCCCCCUCAUAUUACUAGAAGGACCAAUUAUGUCUAUAAGGAGCAGAAAUAUGAUUUAUUUUCUUUCAUACUGUGGACUUUGAGAAAGAAAACUCUUCCUCCCCACAAUCUGACCAUUUACUUUGGCUCAGCUUACGUUGCUCUUACGAGGGAAUUUGCCAACUUUGUUCUCCAAGACCAACGAGCCAUUGAUUUACUUGAGUGGUCUAAGGAUACCUAUAGUCCUGAUGAGCAUUUCUGGGUCACACUUAAUAGGAUUCCAGGUAUGGCUGACUUUUAUUCUUAUUUUAGCCUAUUAUUAGGCUCAAUGGACAUUGUAGAGAAGAAACCAUAA